UUAAAUGACAAUGAAAAAAGACAAAAAAUUUUACAAGAGUUUAGGAAUAGUGAUUUUCAAAAUGUAGUUAGUGCAAUUGAUAAAACUCAUAUAAUAUUAAUUAAUAAACCUCCUAAAGGUCCUGAAUGGACUAGUGGAAAUGAAGAUAUUGACGGAUUUCUUAAAGGAACUUUACUGUAUGUUCAACAAAUUGAAUGGAUUAAAUCCAAUAUACUUGAAAAAGUUAAAUAUGAAAAAGAAGUGAAAGUUCAUCCUAUCGCUCGGUCUAUUUAUGAAUGGAUAGUUAAUAAUAGUCUUGGUAAAUCAUCAGUAUUAAGUGAAUAUUGUUUAAAUGAGAGAGUUCGUAAUAAUUAUAAUGGGUUGGAGUUAAAUCAGUAUUUCAUUUCUCAAAUUACUUCUAAAAAUGAUAAUAUUCUAUCUUUCAUUGCUCCCGAAGUUUUGGAGGGUAAACCUUAUACUACGGCUAGUAAUGUAUAUAGUUUUUCUAUGAUUAUGUGGGAGCUUGUUACAGGAAUUCCACCAUUUAACGACAGAACACGUGAUCUACAGCUUAUUUGCAAAGGUGAUCGUCAUUAUCAAAAAUUUCCACAAUGUUAUGCUGAUUUAAUGAAUGCAUGUUGGGAACCUGAUCCUUCUGAAAGACCUACUGCGAUAGAAGUUUCUACGAUUAUUCAAA